CUAACUGUGCAGAGGAAUGUUUACAGUCCUGGUUGUUUGGCUUGGUGUUACAGCUGAACUGAGCCUUUGUUGCUAUAAAAGUUCUUGACUCUUUCAGGGUGUUUUUCAUCAGCGUAGGUGUUCAGAAGUUAUGCCAUUACUUAUAGGAUGAACACUAUGGCUAAAGUGUGUCUGACUGAUUUUGAGGAGUAUGCCAAACAGCAUCUCUCCAAACCUACCUGGGAUUAUUAUGCAGCUGGAGCAGAUGAGUGCUGCACCAGGGAUGACAAUCUCCAGGCCUACAAAAGGAUCCGUUUAAGGCCUCGGAUCUUGCGGGACGUGUCAGUGAGUGACACACGGACUACCAUUUUGGGCACUGAGAUCAGCUUUCCAGUCGGUAUUGCACCCACUGCUUUUCAUUGUCUGGCCUGGCAUGAGGGAGAGCUAGCAACUGCCAGAGCCACAGAAGCUGUGAACACCUGUUACAUUACCAGCACUUACUCCACAUGCUCUGUGGAGGAGAUUUGUGCAGCAGCUCCAAAUGGCUACCGCUGGUUCCAGCUCUAUGUGUACCGUGAGCGCAAACUAUCGGAGCAGCUCGUGCACAGAGUGGAGGCACUCGGUUACAAGGCCUUGGUACUCACAGUCGACGUGCCAUACACUGGUAAACGUAGGGAUGACAUUCGCAAUCAGUUUAAGCUCCCCCCUCACCUGAAAGUGAAGAACUUUGAUGGCAUGUUUCAGCCUGAAUGCUUCCUCAUACAGGAAACUGCAGAACUUGAAGAGUACGGCGUUCCGUCCAACACGUUGGAUCCAUCCAUAAGUUGGAAAGACAUACACUGGCUGCAGUCUCUCACCCGCCUGCCCAUUAUCAUUAAAGGUAUCCUGACUAAAGAGGAUGCAGAGCUGGCUGUGGAGCAUGGUGUCCAAGGUAUCAUCGUGUCCAACCAUGGAGGCCGACAGCUGGACGGGGGACCAGCCACAAUUGACUGUUUGUCUGAGAUAGUGGACACAGUGCAAGGCCGGGUCGAGGUGUACAUGGAUGGAGGGAUUCGCACAGGCUGUGACGUACUGAAGGCCUUGGCUCUGGGAGCCAAGUGUGUGUUUAUUGGAAGACCUGCAAUCUGGGGCCUUGCUUACAAGGGAGAAGAGGGUGUGAAGGAAGUUCUGCAAAUUCUAAGUGAAGAGUUUCGUCUAUCCAUGGCCUUAUCUGGAUGCAGAAAUGUGGCUGAGAUCAACAGGAACCUUAUUCAGGUUUCUAAACUCUGACCAAACAAAAGGAAAGAAUAAGAAGAUCAAAAUAAGCUUCAAUAAUUGAAUAUGAUUGAAGAGGCAUUUGAUGUGUUUGUACAUUAAUGGAGGCAUGUUAGCUAGCCCACAAUAAUUGUACUUGCUCUUUAUGCAUGAUGUGAAAAUAGAUAUGGAUUGGUAACAAGAGAUCAUGAAGAUUUGAUAAGUGAA